AUGGGGUGUAAAGUCGAUCAUUUACCAAUCAAGUACUUGGGCUUGCCUUUGGGUGCUAAUCCCAAAAGGCUCAAGACGUGGGAUCCUGUGGUAGAAAAGAUAGAAAGGCGAUUAAGCGUGUGGCGUGGAAGAUACAAUUCUUCUGGGGGCAAACUCACCUUAAUCAAUUCAUCUCUUGUCAACCAGCCUAUAUACUUUAUGUCUAUCUUCAAAAUGUUAGCGUCAGUAGCAAAGAUGUUGGAGAAAAUUCAAAGGAAAUUUUUUUGGGGAGAUUUGAUUGACAAGAGGAAACUCCACUUGAUUAAAUGGGAGGUGAUUUGCAAGAAGAAGGAGAAUGGGUAUUUAGAAGUGAAGAAUCUGAUGGUGCAAAAUCUUUCCCUCCUAGCCAAGUGGUGGUGGAGGUUCAAUAAGGAUUCUAACUCGUUAUGGGUGAAGGCGGUUGAUAGUGCUCUUUGGGGUGAUAUUGGAGUUGAUAGAUGGAAUUUGCAUUUUGGUAGAGGGUUACGCGAUUGGGAAACACUUCAAGUGCAGGAAUUAAAGCAGAAGUUACAACUAGUUUUUCUGGACUCGUCCAGUCGUGAUUCCUUGAAUUGGAGAUGGUCCUCUGAUAUUCGGUUCUUGGUGAAAUCAGUGUACAAUCAGUGGGAAAGCAAUGGGCACUCAAGAAGUCCGGUGAUAGAUGCUCUUUGGAAGAACCUUAGCCCCCCUAAGGUGGAAAUUUUUGCUUGGAUGGCUAUUCAAUCCAAGGUGGCUACGAGAUCCAUUCUAUUGGGUAGAAAUUUGAUUCUGGAGGGAGAAUCCACUCGGUGCCCUUUUUGUUCUUUGCACUUGGAAACUCCGCAACACCUGUUCUUGCAUUGUCAUUUUUCAUGGGAUGUGUGGUCGCAAAUUCUAGAUUGGUGGCAUGUACAAUGGGUAUGUCCCGCAUCUUUGGAAGCUCAUUUCAGGUGGUGGGUGGAUAAUAGAUUUAGAAAAUUGGAGAAAAAAUUGUGGGAAGCUACUUUCUUUGCAACGUUGUGGUCUUUGUGGCUGGUGAGAAAUGAGUAUGUGUUUAACAAUGCCACAUCGAGAGUUGAGGUCAUAGGUGAGCAUGUUAAAUCUAGAGUCGCUAUGUGGAUAAAGGCAAUGUUUGACAUUAAGGUAUUUCUAGAGAGAGACAGUGAAAGAGGCAGAGAAAGUGGUGAUUAUGGUGGAAAGGAAGAUGGUGGAUGGAUCCCGGUGCUCAAGAACCACAGGUCGCAACGGAGGGACAAGUCUGGUAAGGAGAUGUACAUGCUGUUUGUGGAUAACAUUCCAGAGAGCAAGGAUCUACAGUGGCUAUCAAAAACAUUUAAGAUGUUUGGUGUAGUCAAGGAUGCUUUUAUUCCUAGAAAAAGAAGUAAAUGCUCUGGGAAUAAAUUUGGGUUUGUGACAUAG